AUGGAAAGAAAAAUACGGACAACCGAGGGAAGAAACCGGCGGGAACUCAGCAGAAGAAAAGGAAGGAGAUAGGCCUUCCGAGUGACGAGGAAGAAGAAGCUAACCCUAGGUAGAAGAGGGUUGAAGAGAGCCGAAUGAUCUACGGUGGUAACACCAGAGGGGACAACGCCGAGCAAAGGAAGAAAUGGGUGCACUCGGCCUACGUCAGGGACAUUUGCAGUUCACCUGGACUGUCAAAGGUCACGAAGACAGAGCCCCUCCUGUUCGGUCCCAAGGACCUACUGAGAUCCCGUCUCCACUCAGAGACACCCUGGUCGUCAAGUGCGAGAUCAAUGAGGUGGUAAUCCACCGUUCUUACGUUGAUAACGGGAGCUCGGUCAACAUCAUGUAUGUGAAGACAUUUGAGGAAUUGGGAUUGAAGAAAGAGCUUCUGAAAAGAGUAAGGACCCCCUUGUCCGGAUUCACAGGAGACAUCAUCGAUUCAGAGGGCCUGACCGAGGGGAUGGUCACCUUUGGUGAUGGGGAGCAUGAGAAGACCAUUCCGGUCGAGUUCAUGGUGGACUUGAGAGUGGACAGCAUUGCCACGGCACUCUUGAAGGAAGAGGAAGGACGUGCUCGAGCCGAGCCGGCCGAGGAAACAGAAGAUGUGGUGAUAAUGGAGGACCAACAGGAGAAGAAGAUCAAGCUCGGUAUCAACAUCGGUGCCGAGCUUCGGUCAAAAAUCAUUCAGGUACUCAGAGAGAACUUCGUGGCGUUCGCAUGGAGUGUCGAGGACAUGCCCAAACUCAGCAAGUCUCAAGUCACCCACUGCCUCGCGGUGGGAGCAGACGCGGCCCAUAACACAGAGGAGGCGACACCUGAGCAAAACCGGAGGGAUUUCGUGAAGAAGGAAGUGGACAUGCUUCAAGCCGCGGGGCAUAUGAUCGACGAAACGGCCGGGUGCGAGAUAAUGUCUUUCAUGGAUGCGUUCAGAGGGUAUCAUCAGGUGUUCAUGCACGAGGAGGAUGCUGAGAAGACGAUGUUCCUCACCCCAGAGGGGGUGUAUUGCUAUUUGGUGAUGGCGUUCGGAUUGAAGAACAGCGGAGCCACAUACACAAGGAUGAAGGUCCCGAAUUUCCAGUGGACGCCUGAAUGCCAAACGGAGUUCGAAGAAUUGAAGAAGUAUUUACAAACCCCGCAGGUGUUGGCGAUGCCGGUCAAGGGCGAGAAGCUGUACCUCUAUUUGGGUGUCAGCCCUGGGGCUAUAAGCUCUGUCUUGUUACGAGAGGAGGGGGACACUCAACGCCCCAUCUAUUAUGUCAGCAGAACCUUGAGGGAUGCCAAGCUCAAAUACUCAGUGGUAGAGAAAACAGUCAUGGCUGUCGUCAACACGGUCAAGAAGCUGAACCAUUAUUUUCAAGCCCACGAAGUGGAGGUGAGGAGUCAUCAGCCUUUGAGCAUCAUCAUCCGGAAUCCGACCGCCUCCAACAGGGUCAUCAAGUGGUCUGUCUAUCUAAGCCAAUAUCAGAUAGAAAUGAAGCCGAGGACAGUGAUCAAGGCCCAGGCCUUGGCCGAUUUCAUGGUGGAAUGCACGACGCGAGACAACAAUCCCAUGCCCCUGGCCGAGCAGGGGGAGUGGUAGACCUUGUCCAUUGAUGGAUCAUCAGCCGCAAAGGCU